AUUCAGAAUCCCUAACUUCUGUAAUUUUCCCUCCAAGGUAUGUAAGGGGGUUUAUCCACAUUUACGUAGGGUCCGCUAGAGUGGAUUUAAAAAAUAAUUAGAAAAAAAGAAAAAGUUUCAAGAGUUGAAGGACUGAAUCUACACAGUGUAGAAUAUCUUAGGCUAAAAUAUACAGUAGGUUAACCUGACCGGGGCUGAAUUUGCGAUUGUUCUUAACACGCUCUCCCCACUUCCAAUCUCUAUUUAAGAGGACACAUUCUCAAAAAAACAGAAGCUGAAGAAUCCACAAAAGGUGGCAUUUGAAUCCGAAAGGUAGAAAGGUUCGAAGAAGGAUUUGCAAUUGUGAAUUAGGAUUGCAAUUUUGCAAUUUGCAGAGGAUGGACGAAGAAGAAAUCGAGAAGGCUGUGUUAGCGUAUUUGAAGAAGAAGGGUUUCAAGCAAACCGAAUUAGCCUUCCAUGAAGAGCAACAGCACAAUCUCAAAGCAGCCACAACUCCGGGCGGUAAUAGUAUCUCCUCCCCGACCUCGAAUUCCGAUCCCGAAAUCGCCCGCCAAAUCCUCUCGUUUUCUUCUGAAUUGGAAAAUUAUCCUGCCCAGUACCAUGACGGUUAUGGCAAGCUUCGAUCAUGGGCCUAUAGUUCACUGGAUCUGUACAAGCAUGAGUUGCUUCGUGUCCUCUACCCAGUAUUUAUCCAUUGUUUUAUGGAUCUAGUUGCUAAAGGUCACAUCCAAGAAGCAAGAACUUUCUUUAAUAGCUUCCGCGAUGACCAUGAGAUGAUGCAUUCACGUGACCUCCAAAAACUUGAAGGUGUUCUCUCGCCCUCGCACCUUGAGGAGAUGGAGUUUGCUCAUUCGUUAAGGCAGAGCAAAAUUAGCAUAAAAAUGUGUCAGUACUCUCAUGACCUUCUGCUACAAUACUUGCACAAGACACAAUCUAUUACUAUGCUUGGAGUUAUAAAUGAGCACAUCAACUUUCAAGUCUCUCCUGGACAACCAAGUUCAAUUUCUGAUGAUGCUGAUGUUGUCACACUCCUUGGAUCGGGGCAGGAGGCAGCGAGCUUGAUAAAUCAGAGAGAAAUACAUUGGGGUUUGCUUGAAGAUUCCUUUGAGGAAAGGUUGGAGAAGGCAGGUGGCUUGGUUCCAGAUACAGAGAAGUUAGAUGGAGAAGCAAAGGAAGCUGAAUCGGAAGAAAACAAGAAGAGAUUGCAAGAAGGGGGAAAGCAAGGUUCUUCACUCAAGAAGUUAAAAAAGGAUAAGGUUGCUGUUGCAACAGGGAGAGGUUCUCGUGCAGAAAGUAGUACAGUCUCUGCAGCACCACGGGUUAAACCAGAGCUCACGCUGCCAUCAAUACCAGCUGCAGUGGAGCAGUCUAUUCUUGAAGACCUUCGCAAUCGUGUCCAACUGAGUAGUGCUUGUCUACCAUCUGUCAGCUUCUACACAUUUAUUAACACACACAACGGAUUAAAUUGUGCAUCAAUAUCCCAUGAUGGAUCACUUGUCGCUGGUGGUUUCUCGGACUCAUCACUCAAGAUUUGGGAUAUGGCAAAGCUAGGGCAGCAUGUUGAUAAUGAUUUGUCUCCAAAUAGCUCCGUACUUGGCACAGACAGUGGAAGAAGAUCGUAUACGCUCUUUCAGGGUCACUCGGGACCUAUUUAUUCGACAUCCUUUUGCCCUUUCGGAGAUUUUGUUCUUUCUUCUUCAUCAGAUUCGACAAUUCGACUCUGGAGUACAAAAUUAAAUGCAAAUCUUGUAUGCUACAAGGGUCAUAAUUAUCCUGUGUGGGAUGUUCAGUUCAGUCCGAUGGGGCAUUAUUUUGCCAGCUGCUCACAUGAUAGAACUGCAAGGAUCUGGACUAUGGACAGAAUACAGCCGUUGAGGAUAAUGGCGGGUCAUUUGUCUGAUGUUGAUUGUCUACAAUGGCAUGCCAACUGCAACUACAUUGCUACUGGAUCUAGUGACAAAACUGUUCGUCUUUGGGAUGUUCAAAGUGGGGAGUGCGUUAGGAUUUUCAUUGGUCACAGGAGUAUGAUAUUGUCAUUGGCAAUGUCUCCAGAUGGUCGGUACAUGGCAUCUGGUGACGAGGAUGGUACAAUCAUGAUGUGGGACCUUGCAAGUGGUCGUUGUGUUACUCCUUUGGUCGGUCAUACAUCCUGUGUCUGGUCGCUGGCUUUUAGUGGUGAAGGUUCGCUUCUUGCAUCUGGUUCUGCUGAUUGCACUGUAAAGUUGUGGGAUGUGACUGGAAGUACAAAACUCCUGAAGACAGAUGAAAAGUAAGUUUAAUGUUACUUUGUACACAGACUGUCAUGUUUUUGGUUUUCUGGAGAUUCUCUAAUCUGGUUUCACAAAUCAUCAGCAAACAUGGAAGUACCAACAGGCUACGAUCAUUAAAGACUCUCCCUACCAAAUGCACUCCUGUUUAUGCUCUACAGGUAAGUUGAUAUGUUCAACGGCAUUAUAUGAUUUAGAUUUUAAACAUAUUUCACUGGUUUAGAUUCUGCAUAACCUGUUCCUGUGCAUUUCUUUGAAAACAGUUUUCCCGAAGAAAUCUUCUAUUUGCUGCUGGAGUACUUUCCAGGAAUGUUUGAUGUGCAAAUAUAACCAGGAGUUGAUUGAUGCUACUUCUGGAAAGAGUAUUGAAUGUGAACUUUCUGUCGGUUUUUAGCUGCUAUGUUGUACUGGACUAAUAUCUUUUGAACUUUAUCUUCAGAUUUAGUUUAACUUGGUUUAGUCAUCCGUUUCUAGCAACUGUAGUUUCAAGGCAAAUCUAUAGAGAUGUAAGUUUGACGAUUAAGGUUAAAAAUAUUGAUUUAUUUUCUCGCAAGUUUUCUUUGAAGUUUUUGCCUUUGGGGCAACUAUGCGAGUUAUUUUUUCUUCUUUAUUUUGCCCCUUAAACGAAGUUUUAUCUAAC